AUGGGCAACUGCUUCGGGAGCAGGAUCGGCUCCGACAGCCCCUACAAGAGCGCCGGCGGCUCCGCCUCCCCUUCCUCCUCCUCAGGGUGGGCGUGGAGGAGGAAGGGGAAAGGGGGCGCGAGCGUGUCGAGCAGCCGGGUGUCGUCCUCGCCGCCAACGACGGUGCCGCCGACGCCGCGGAGCGAGGGCGAGAUCCUGCAGUCGGCCAACGUCAAGAGCUUCGCCUUCAACGAGCUCAAGACGGCCACCCGGAACUUCCGGCCGGACAGCGUGCUGGGAGAGGGCGGCUUCGGGUCCGUCUUCAAGGGCUGGGUCGACGAGACCACCUUCGCGCCCGCCCGCCCCGGCACCGGCAUGGUCAUCGCCGUCAAGAAGCUCAACCAGGAGGGCUUCCAGGGCCACCGGGAGUGGCUGGCUGAAGUGAACUACCUGGGCCAGUUGUCGCACCCGAAUCUUGUCAGGCUCGUCGGGUACUGCCUCGAGGACGAGCAGCGCCUCCUCGUCUACGAGUUCAUGCCGCGAGGGAGCCUCGAGAACCAUCUUUUCAGAAGGGGCUCGCAUUUCCAGCCACUGUCAUGGAACCUGAGGAUGAAGGUCGCGCUCGGGGCGGCUAGGGGGCUCGCCUUCCUCCACAGCGACAUGGCCAAGGUCAUCUACCGCGACUUCAAGACGUCCAACGUUCUCCUUGACUCGAGCUACAACGCGAAGCUUUCCGAUUUCGGGCUUGCGAAGGACGGGCCGACAGGCGACAAGAGCCAUGUCUCCACAAGGGUCAUGGGCACUCAUGGCUACGCCGCGCCCGAGUAUCUCGCAACAGGGCAUCUGACGGCGAAGAGCGACGUGUACAGCUUCGGGGUGGUGCUGCUGGAGAUGCUGUCGGGACGGCGGGCGCUGGACAAGAACCGGCCGUCGGGGGAGCACAACCUGGUGGAGUGGGCGCGGCCGUACCUCACCAGCAAGCGCCGGGUGUUCCACAUCCUCGACGCGCGGCUGGGCGGCCAGUACUCGCUCUCCGGCGCGCAGAAGACGGCGGCGCUCGCCAUGCGGUGCCUCUCCGGUGACGCCCGGGCCCGCCCCGGCAUGGCGGAGGUGGUGACCGCGCUCGAGCAGCUGCAGGACGCCAAGGAGGCGGCCGCGGCCGGUGGCGCCGGGCAGGGGAAGGCGUCCGGGGGGUUCGUUAGGAUACGCGGUGGCGGUGGCAGCGGGAGCAGCGCGGGGCGGCAGCAGCGGCGGCCCGAGCCCAUGGCCGUGCGGCGGCUGCCGGCGGCGCCGCUGCGGUCGCACCCCGAGUGA